AUGAUGAAUCUAGAGACAUUCGUUGACGUCGGCAACCUAACAAGUCAAAACCUCUUUAGUUUGAACCUACUCGAUGACGUCAUCUCCCUGCUGCCGUCACACAACACCAUGACUUCACUCUCCUCACCCCUCACGCCCAUGACGUCCGCCUCCUCCUACCCCUCGGAGACAUCCUACGCCACCCAGGGAACCACCAAGACCGUAUCCUGCCAGAGUAGCUACAGCUAUGACGUCAGCAAGAUCCCAUAUCCCAGAAUCCCAACCCAGUAUCCCCUGUGGGAGCUGGUCUUGAAGAGUGUGGUCAGUGGCCUGAUCCUGCUCAUCGCUUUCUUCGGCAACGUCCUCAUCAUCGUCAUCGUCAGCCUCUCGAAGAAGAUGCGGACGACCAUCAACUUUUACAUUGUCAACUUGGCGGUCGCCGACCUGCUCAUCGCUUGCUUCCCUUUGUGGAUUCACGUGACCACCUACGUCACUGGCGGCUGGAUCUUAGGGGGCAUUCUCUGCAAGUUGAACGCUUUCGUACAGAUCAGUGCCAUGUGCGCCAUGUCCUUCACCAUGAUGGCUAUCGCCGGGGACAGGUUUUUCGCCAUCGUGUUUCCCCUCAAGGCCCGGGUCACCCAGAGGAAGGUCAGGCUAGUGACGGCCAUGGUGUGGGUCUGUGCCGUCUCCAUCGGGGUGCCGCCCCUGCUGUUCUACACCUACACGGAGAGGCAGUGGUCAAACUACAGGGAGACCUUCUGUCAUGACGUUUGGCCUGUGAUGGUUCUAUCCGACGGUUCCUGUGAUAACGGCAUCCUGGCUGAAAGAAUCUUCUGGGCAGUGGUCAUCGCCGCCCUCAACUGGAUCCCCAUGCUCAUCAUGACCCUCAUCUACACCGUCAUCAUCCACCGGUUACGGUUUAGCCGGAUGACAAACAACAACCACAUCGGAAUAUCAGCCGUACAAAGCCGGUCUGCUAGAAAGGUUAUAAAGAUGCUGUUUAUUCUGUUGGUGACCUUCAUGGCGUGUACCGUCCCCUUUCAAGUGGUCACUAUAUACGAGAACUACAAGGACAGAAGAGCUAAACUGUCCUCCUGGUACCAGCCUGUGCUGUUCACAUCCACCAUACUGAUGUAUGCGCAUAGCGCCAUCAACCCUAUCAUGUACGGCGCCAUGAACAAAACCUUCAGGACGGGGUUUCGACACCUGCUGGGAAGGAUCCGGGGGGAGAAGACGUACGGCUGGGACUCUCAGAUCAACAUGGCCGAGUCUCUCAGGGCCAAGACAGCACCGGCAGGUCAAGGUCGACUGGACAACACCAACGUCACAUCCGUGUCGGAGCUGGUGCACACGGCCUCAGUCCUGAGCACGGUGGUCUUGCCCAAACAUUGA